UAUCGGGUACUUCAGACCGAAACAAUAGCAUUUUUAUGGAACUUGUGGAUAAGAUUGGAAAUAAAUCUAAAUAAUUUAUUGCCUUAUAAUGUCGAGGCGGAAAUUGGAAAUUGGUUGAAAUCACCGAGGAAGUAUUUUAACGAAUAUUACGAAGGAUCGAAAAACAGUUCAACUGCUUCUCGAAAGAGAAAAAAUUCAUAAAGAUAAAAUAAAAGUUGUGAACUGAAAAUUCAGAUUUCCACUUUACCAACUGUCUGUGACGUCACUCGUGUUCCAAGUGUCUUGCCUACGGACUGUUGUCCUUACGAAACGUCAUCAAAUAACGAAAAAUAUAUCAAACUGUAGAGAAUUAUCAGUGUCGAGGUAGAAAUAUGGACGUUUCAGCAUUCUCGGAGAAGGAUUUCAAUGUCAAAGAGUGGAUAAACAAAACUUUUAAAUCCACUGAUGUACUGGAAGACAAAGAUGCAUUCGUGGCUUCUCUGGUAAUGAAACUUCAAUUAUACGUACAACAAGUGAACGGUUCCCUUGAAGAAACCAGCCAGUCUGUACUCUCGAGCCUUCCCAGAAUCCUCAGGGAUACCCAGUUACUCCAGCAGGAGGCAUUGGCCCUCAGAGACAAGAUGGUCACUGUCAAACAGGAAAUAGCAAAGGUUGAGAAGGAUACAGCCCUGUCCAUGACAGCUCUGGAAAAAAUAGACAGGGUGAAAACAGAGCUUCAAGUUGCAAAACAGAGUCUUCAUGAGGCCGACAAUUGGAGUGUUCUUGCUAAUGAUCUUGAAGAGGUCUUCGAGUCGGGGGAUAUUGACAGCAUCGGUGGAAAGCUCUUUUCUAUGCAAAAAUCACUGUCUAUGUUAUCGAAUGCUGUGGACUACGAGGACAAAAAAUUGCAGCUCGAGGGAUUGAAGAAUCGUCUUGAAGCCAUUGCCAGCCCAAGAUUGGUCCAAGCAUUUACAGUUCGAAAUUCAGAUGAGGCUAAACAGUACGUAAGUAUCUUCAGCAAGAUGGACAGACUUCCCCAGCUCCUGAAGUACUACCAAAAUUGUCUGAAAGUGUCUCUGUGCGAGGAGUGGAGAAGAAUACGGGAAGUCUCAAUGGACGAUACCGUCACCACCUGGUUGAAUGCAUUCUACGACAAAUUGUUGUUGGAAUGGCAGGACCAGGUGAAAUGGUGCAACCAGGUGUUCCCCAGUACCUCCACAGAGACCCUCAUAGACAUCUACGCGGAUGUCCUGUGUGCAUUGGACCCCAGUAUCCACGACACAAUAUCCAUUGCUCUCAAGUACUUGUCGCCUCCCCUCCAACUAGAUCUCCUCCUGGAGCUGAAAAGAAUAACUCAGAACUUUGCGAGAAACUUGAACGCAUCUCUGGAGAUAUUCUCAAGCCAACAGAAGUCUGAGGACAAGCUGCUAGCCCUGGCCCAAUCGAUUUACUCUCCCUAUGUCGCUCAUGUAUCGAAGUAUUCUGUUUAUGAGUCAGGACAAUUAUCGGACAACCUCAGCUCCAUCGAGACAAACCACGAGGACUUGAGUGACACGAUAAAUUCCCUGUCUCUAAGUGUUUCGAGGGCUAUUGAUCAUGCUAAUGAGGCUAACAAGAGGUGCAAGCUCUUCACCGAGGGCUGUGGAUAUCCAGAACUCCUCAAAUCCCUCAACACCUACUUCCUCCAGUAUCUGGACAGAUUCUCAAGCUGUGUAAAACAGCUCGAUAAGAGGAAAACAAAGCACGAGGACUGGAAUCUCUUCCAAAUGUGUCUGACACUGAUGCAAAUAAUCGGUAAUCUGUUGGUGCAAAUUGAGGAGUUUGAGAAGACUCUUGUAGUGAGCAUUGUCGAGACGAAUAACAAGUUCUUGAGUGGCACUACAGGUGCCUUCAACAGGUACAAAACUCUACUAUUGAAUCCAAAUGGGCGUCAGGAGUUUGACAAACUUGUCAAGUCGUUGAAUCACAAUGACGAGAGGACACUUCUAGCGCCUGUCAUCGAAUCUGUUUACAAACUCUGUUCUGAUCUUCAUCACACGACUUAUGAAGUCAUUUUCGCUCCCAUCUUCACGCAGCUGCUGCUCAUUCAGAGAGCACCAGCCUGGUAUGGAGACGGUGGAAAGGUACAGGGGCUGUCCUCUGAUCUGCCUGAUUACAGCUUCGCUCCUCAGGAGUACAUCACUCAGGUCGGCCAGUACCUCAUGACCCUUCCUCAACAUCUGGAGCCAUUUCUCCUCAGGGAUAAUCCCAGUCUGGUGCAUGCCCUCAGGGCUGCUGAUGCUCAGUACACCCAGGGAACCACCGAGGGGGGAUUCACUGGGACUCUCCUGGGUAUCGUUGCCAAGGAAACUUGUCAGAUGUUCCAGGAUCAGGCGCUGGGAAUUUGUGAACUGAAUUCUGGAGCUUGCAAACAACUUGCCACUGAUAUUGAUUAUCUGGGCAAUGUCCUCGAGGAGCUGGGGCUCUCUCUGUCCGAGAAUCUUCAGCAGAUGUCGACGUUACUCAGGUUAUCACCGGAGGACUAUCAGUCUGGAUGCUCAGGGUGUAAUGCUCGUGUCGUUGCUGCUGUUCGACAGAUGCGAAAUAUUGCGUCUUCAGGGUGAAUUGGAGAUUGAAUUUUGCUCCCCUAUCAUUCCAUAUCUUCAGGGUUGAGUUUUGAAAUAUCGUUGAAGUUUUAUUUUAUCUUCCGUGCAGUGACGGUAAAUUGUAUAUAAAUUCGAGGAAUAAAGAGAAAUAACACAAA